GACAAAAAAGCUUCACCCAAAUUGAACAUAUUACUAGACAAGCUAAACUUGAAUAUCUUAUUACUAAACAACAAAAACAGCUUGAACAGGUUCUUGAAAAGUUGGAUGAUACUGAAGGAAUGCAUAAUCCUACUAUAGUAGUUGCUCUUUAA